GCCAGCGUGACGCGCUGUCGACGCAUCCAGCGGAAACCGGUCAUGCAGAAACAUGUCUGGAGAGCCCAUCCUGCGCACACCAAUCCAUUUCCGCUCUAACCAUAAGAGAUGAUCGCUUGAGUUUCCUCCAUCCGUCUAUAAAGCUCUGUGGACUGAACCAACAUGCCCGCAGCAACCCACUUCGCCGCGUCCUCCUCCACCACCAUGCACGACCACCCACCCCACUGCACCGGCCCGCUGCACCUCACCCUCCAACUCGUCUCCUCCCUCGUCCCCGUGUUCAUGAUCACCCUCUUCCCCGUCGCGUUGGCGUGGGCGUUGAUACGGUGGACUUUCUUGCGGCUGCCGUUUGUGGUAUACGUGGCAUGGUAUAUGUUUUUCGACAACGCGCCCGUGCGGGGCGGGAACGGGCGGGUCAGCAGACGGUGGAGGAAUGUGAUGUACUUGCCGGGGCAUCUGUUGAGUUAUCUGGGAGCGACGCUGCACAGGGAGGCGGAGCUGGAUCCGGCGAAGGGGCCGUAUCUGCUCGGCAUUCAUCCUCAUGGAGUCUUGUGUUACUCCGGGUUUUUGAACAUCAUCACGGACGUCGGCGGCUUCCCGACGCUCUUCCCGCACAUCGACCGUCGGGUCGCGGUCCUCUCCCUCGUAUUCCAGCUCCCGAUCGUGCGGGAGAUCGCACUCAUCCACGGGCUCAUCUCCGUCGAGCGCAACUCGAUCCGACACUGGUUGUCGCGCGGGACGGAUAAAGCUGUCGGGAUCGUCGUCGGGGGCGCGGCGGAGAGUCUGGAGAGCGUGCCCGGGUGUCAUCGCGUGGUGUUGAGACGCAGGAGGGGGUUCUUUAAGUUGGCGCUGGAGAAUGGAGCGUCGCUGGUCCCCGUGUACAGUUUCGGCGAAAACCAACUCUGGACGCAAAUCCGGCACCCGCUCCUCUGCCGCCUCCAACGCCGCUUCCUCGCCCUAACCGGCUUCACCAUACCCAUCUGCUACGGCCGCUGGUUCACGCCCAUCCCGUACGCGCACAAGCUCGUCACCAUCGUCGGGGCGCCGAUCCCCGUGCGCCGGGUCGCGAAACCUACCGAGCAGGACGUGGUGGCGUUGCGGGAGGUGUAUAUGGGGAAGUUGAGGGAGAUGUUUGAUCGGUACAAGGGGGAGUAUGCUCAGCAUCGGAUAGAGGAAUUGAAGUUUGUGGCGUGAGGUUGCCGUGAGCUGGUUGGCUACUCCGCAAGGUAUGCAUCCCAGCUUGGCUGUCCUCAGAUAGCUGCAGGGCCCCUCCCUGCUACACACCUGCCUGUGUGGUGGUAUCGUUCGCUUUGCCCUGAAGCUGUAUGUAUGUAGUCCUUCCAUCAUAAUGCAAUUCCCGUGCAAAACGGAUAUCGC